GCGGUAUUCAGUGCAGCAAGUGCGGCGGCCGCUCCAGCAUCCCCCUUGGCACAUCCGCCCCCCUCGUGCGGGGGUGAGAGGAACGCACCGACCGACUCUAAUGGCACAUCACUUGGCGGCGUCUCUGCCGCACUGACGAGCCUCACCGUCGCAUUUCCAAAGGUAUGGAUACCUGAGGGCACGGGACGAGAGAGUGAUUGAGAUUGACGGCGACCGCUUUGUUGUCCGAGUGAGACAGAGUUGCGAAAAAACAAUCAGAAGAAAUGAAUUGCGGUGAGAUGCAAAAAUCUGAGGGUCAGCAGCAGGCAGAGAUGAUGGCUAUGCAGCAGCAGCAGCAGCAGCAACAACAACAGCAGCAGCAGCAGCAGCAACAGCAACAACAACAGCAGCAACAACAGUCUGUUGUCACGACCUCCGGGUGUGUCGUGAAUCAGCCGCAGAUGCAGACAUUCCAAACCCUCCAGCUCCAGCAGCAGCCGCCACCCUCGACCACCCCCAUGCCGAGCGCGUCCCCAAUGACCAUGCAAAUGAUGCCGCCGCAGCAACCGCAAAUGCAGCAGUUCACCACGGCGGAGUGGCAAGGACAAAGAAUCCAACUGGUUCCGCAGCAGCAAGGGCCGAUGUACGUGCAGCAAGUUUAUAACACCCCGAACGGCCAGCAGUUCUUGAUCCCGGCAAACAAUGUUAUACACCACCCGGGACAACCAUUGCAGGUGAUAACGACCGGGAAGCCAACCUUCCAGCCAGGGCCGAUGACCCCGCAACUGAUCACCCCUCAGGGGAAAACGAUGGUGCAAGCAACCACCCCGACAGGCACCACGCAGUGCUACAUUCCAGCCCAGCAAGCGUCUGGCAACCCCAAUCAGACCCUGCUUAUCAGCCACGUAGCUGCAAGCCAACAAGGCACGACGACCAUCAUGCCGCCACCCUCUCCGACGGCCAAGCAGCAAGAUCAGCAGAAGGCAAAAGUCAUCCAGCAGACUCAAAACAAGCCGAUGCAACAGCAGCAGCAACAAAACAUGAUCGUCCAGCAGCAGCCUCAGCAGAUUAUCACGCAGGCUAUUCCAAAUCAGCAGAUUAUCGGCAGUCCCAUGCAAUGGCAGUCUUUUCCAAACCAAGGAGCCGUGUGGGCUCAGCCGACAGGGAACAUGCCCAUGAGUGCAGCGAGCAUUAACACGACCUCAAGCCCGAUUUUCAUCCGGAGUACCCAGCCCGACGGCACACACGUUUACAUCCAAAGCAACGCCAUGCAACAGCAAAUGCAGCAGCCACAAAUGGCAGCUCCGACGCAAAUGGCCCAGCAACCCCAGCAGAUGAAACCGGUCGUGGCUAAGCCUCCAGAGACCUCAAGCACCCCGCCAAACAUCCAGCCGAAGGUGGUGCCGCAGAAGACACUGACUAUCAGACCGUCAGCCGCGCCUAUUCAACCAGCGAGUUCGACAGCUACCCAAACUUCUGUGGCGAUAACAACAACAACCAAACCUGUGUCCAAGGUGAAGGUCAGGCCUGGACGUCCUGUCGGCACCAAGACUACUGACAACCAAAUCAAGCCGCAAAUAAUGCAGCAGACCCAAACUACCCAACAGCACAUCACUACUAGCGGCCAGCAAGUUGUUGUAAACAAUUUUUCCAGAGUGCUGCUGCCGUCAAACAACCAACCAGUGCAGGUCGUGAAUUCGGAAUCGCCGAAAGCGGCGCCUAGUCAGCCUGCACAGAUGAUGACCAAGCUUCUGCCAGUGUCGCAGCCGCUGCAGUUCCUGCCGCAGUCGCUCACCAUGCAGCAGCCGCAGAAGGAGGGCAACAAGACUGCGCUGCAGCCGGUGAUGGCGCCUGUGGUGCCCAUGCAGCCCAUGGUGGCGGCCCCGGUGCUGCAGCCCGAGCAGCCGCAACAAGCAAAGGAGUCAGCUGCCGAAGUGGCGGUCACUGAUGACUCGAGCAAGGACAUGGAAGAGGCCGCCACCCCGGAGACUAUCGACGAGGACGAUGAGGACCUGGCCAUCGACGAGAAGAGCAGGGAGAAACUCAAGGCCCUCGUCAAGCCCCAGGUGCUGACACAUGUCAUCGAGGGCUUUGUCAUUCAAGAAGCCGGUGAACCGUUCCCAACGACUACAACCCCAGAGGAGAUGGCAACCUGCGAGUUUUGCAAGAAGACAGACGUGCGAACGAGGUUCAAGAAGUCGAAACGAUUCUGCAGCUCGUCCUGCGCCAAGAGUUACAAGAGACAGAAAGAGGAGAAAGUCGGCGGAAAGAAGGCGCGAUCUGCACAUUCUGAGUCGUCAGGCGAGGAACUCGUCAUCGAUGAAACAACCACAUCCUCAGCAAACCCCGAGAGCUCGCCUUCCCCUGCUACCACUCCGAGUGUCAAUCCACAAGAAUGGACGGUGAAGGAAGUGUGCGACUUCAUCCAGGUGCUGCCCGGAUGCGCAGAGUACGUGGAGGACUUCUCAAUGCAAGAGAUCGAUGGCCAGGCUCUGCUGCUCCUGAGGGCCGACCACCUGAUGAGCGCCAUGGGCAUGAAACUAGGCCCGGCACUCAAGAUUUGCGCCAAAAUACAGCAGCUAAAGAAUGGCAUCGUAGACACCAGUUAAGGUGGAGUGUGGAAACGCGCGUAGAGUGGUUUAAUUCUGGUCAUGGACAAUAAUUAUUUAUUUGUGCACAAAUUUUUUCAGUGUUAUUUCUUUGAAUGUUGCAUUACUUUAUAAAAUGUUGUUUGAUUGAAAAGUUUUGUUUGUGUAACGUCAGCUGUUACCAAGUGUUGAUUUUUUAUUAAGUCAAACAGCAGCAUUUUCACUGCCAAAACAGCCAUAAUCCAUGUACAAAUUUUGCAUUUCGAGAUUAUACGUACUUUGUGGAAACGGUAGCAUUUAAGCGUGACAAAUUUUUACAAGUCGUCGGUGUUAUAAUCAACUUUUGUAAUGUGAUCAUUGUUCAUAAUAACUAGCAAUUUUUUGUACUUUCUUAACUACAAAAAUAAAUGUAGCAUGUACGUCUAA